GAGAACUUCUCCCAUCUUAUACCCCAGAAGUGCGGGGGUGGGGGGUAUCCCGCAUUCUUCUGGGGAGAUCCGCCCUCGUGGUCGGCUCCGUCAAGAGAGGUAUAAAUAUGAGGCCGUUCCAUCUUGUCUUUAUAACCCAUCAGUUCCCAUCCCUAUUGCACAAAUCAUUACUCCUGUAGUAACCUUAGCAGCCGCAACGACAAUGUUGGUGUACGAUAUCCCCAAGACGCACAGGGCGGCUGUAUAUGACAAGCCAGGUACUAUCUCCACUAAGAUCGUGGAGGUUGAGACUCCCGAGCCAGGACCAGGAGAUGUGCUUGUUCGACUAACACACUCUGGCGUCUGCCAUUCCGAUAUGGGAGUCAUGGAAAACUCAUGGCGAGGGCUUCCAAUGAUGGUUCCGCCGACACAAGUAGGGGGGCAUGAAGGGAUCGGGAUCAUCCACAAGCUUGGCCCCGGAAGUGAGAACGGUCGAGUCAAAGUGGGUGAUCGAGUUGGCAUCAAGUGGGUCGCAUAUGCCUGCGGAGCGUGUGCUCCUUGUCUUGAGGGGAAAGACGGUGUCUGCUUUAACCAAAAGAUCUCGGGGUAUUACUAUCCGGGAACGUUUCAAGAGUACGCCCUUGCGCCAGCGAACUAUGUUACUCCAAUUCCGGAUGGCUUGAGCUCUCAAGAUGCUGCGCCAAUGCUUUGCGCAGGAGUUACAACAUAUUCUGCCUUGCGCAAAUGUGAUGCUAAGAGUGGACAAUGGGUAGUCAUUUCUGGCGCUGGUGGAGGACUUGGACAUCUUGCCACCCAGAUUGGAGCUCGAGGGAUGGCCUACCGUAUCAUUGGUAUCGAUCAUGGUAGCAAAGAGAAUCUUGUCAAAGAAUGUGGUGCCGAGGUCUUCCUCGAUAUUACGAAAUUUGAUGACAAGACACUUGCUGCAGAAGUGAAAAAAGUUACUGGCGGCCUCGGAGCCUCAGCUGUCAUUGUGUGCACUGCUGCGAACCGUGCCUAUGCUCAGGCACUUGACUUCCUGAGGUUUGGAGGAACACUGGUUUGCGUUGGUAUGCCUGAAGGCGAUUCGAAACCUAUUGAAAAGGCAUUCCCUGCUGUCUUGGUUACACAGGAAUGGAAUAUCAAAGGUUCGGCUGUAGGGAACCAGCGAGAGGCUUUGGAGGUUCUCGAUAUGGCCGCUCGCGGCAUCGUGAAGACCCAUCUGAAAGUGAGGAAGUUGGAGGAGCUGACAGAUGUCUUCCAUGAGAUGUCAGAAGGAAAGAUGCAAGGGAGAGUGGUACUUGACCUCCAAUAG